AUGGCUUCAGGACACAAUGACCCGAAGCUUUUGUAUGCCAUCAACGGCAUCAAUGCAUACCACAUCGAAAACGGCAAAGAAGAGUGCCUCACGCCGGCAGGACCACAGACAUUAUCACUGUUGAUGGUCCCAACUUCCUCGCCUUUCUCUGGCCUGUCUAAUGCCGAUCUUCAAUCUGCCACACCGGAAGAGGACUUCUAUCUCCACCUCCAUCUUCCGCCGGAGCUCGACCUCCCUCUGCCCGCAACGACGCAAAUAUACCACCAACCACCUGACAGCUACCUCAUUCCCCGGUGGGAUAUAGGUCACGACAAUGGCGCAUUUACCAGAAUAGAGUUCCCGGGCAUAGGCCAAGGGAAAGUAUCUCAAGAAGAUGUCGACACAUUCGAGACAAUCUUGGCACAAUGUACCGCUUUUCUCGAGCGCGCACCACCGCCAAAAUCCGCUCGUCCCAAAUCAAGGAGAACCAAAAGCGCAAAUAUGCCCAUUCCCCCAUAUGACCCCUCUACUUUCAAGCCAGGAGAGGCAUAUGUCACCGGUAGCGCAAGUUCUCACGCGGGAGGACAAAUCGUCCUCAUUGACGAGGAGAAUGGAAGUGUUGUGGGCGAACUUGGGGAUGGGUUCCAUGUGGUAGAAGACAGCAAGAUGCAGGCUGGCUCAAAAGACCCCGUCGAAAUCACCCUCCCCUCUGAUGGCUCCAUGAACAUCGGCGUCGCACCUGCCUCUGCAGCCUAUCUAGAAAUGGCCAUGCACCCGGCCUACCGCAACUCGACCCUCGUCUCCAAAGCCGCCAUGGCAUCCCGCCUAAUCGUCACAACCUCCACCUACGUCUCCAAAACGCUCCAAUCCUCCGCCGACAACUUCACCCAGAAAACCAAGCCCAGCUCCAAGCCCGUGACCUUCACGCCCACGACCCACGCUAGGAUCAGAAAAGUUCAUACCUUCUCUGAAGGCGCCGCGGGCCUGAGCGCCAAGACUGUAGGCCAGGUGCAGAAGUAUGCGCAGAAUCUUGGUGCUACGCUUGCGAAGAAGGGCGCGGAUCAGAGGGCCAAGAGGGGCAUUGGGCCAGAUGGCCAGCCGAUUGAGGAUUAUAAGCCGGGGUUGCUGAAUAAGAGCUUGAUGGCUUUCUCUACCAUUGCUGAUGGUGUUGACCAAGCGGGACGGAAUAUCCUAGCCUCAACUUCUACAGCAGCGACGACAGUCGUUACGCAU